AUGUCACCGCCAACAGACCGCAAGCAAAUCCUUGAGGGCUUUCGCAAGCAGAUCAAGGAUGGCAAAGCUAUCGUAGGAGCAGGUGCAGGCAUCGGCCUCUCAGCCAAAUUCGUCGAAGCAGGUGGUGGCGACCUGAUCAUCAUCUACAACUCAGGCCGCUUUCGAAUGGCAGGUCGUGGAUCACUCGCCGGACUAAUGCCAUACGGCAAUGCCAACGAUGUCGUAGUCGAUAUGGCGUCUGAAGUCCUUCCCGUGGUCCAACAUACGCCGGUGGUAGCUGGUGUUUGUGCCUCGGAUCCUUUCAGAGACAUGCGACGGUUCUUGAAGCAAUUGAAGGAUCUGGGCUUUGCGGGUGUGCAGAAUUUCCCGACUGUUGGGUUGAUCGAUGGCACGUUUCGGCAGAAUCUUGAGGAGACUGGCAUGAGCUAUCAACUAGAAGUUGACGUCGUUCGUAUGGCACACGAGAUGGACAUGCUAACCACUCCGUACGUCUUCAAUCCGGACGAAGCAACGAAAAUGGCAGAAGCAGGCGCAGAUGUCAUUGUUGCUCACAUGGGCUUGACAUCCAGCGGAUCCAUUGGAGCGAAGACUGGCAAAAGUCUAGAAGAUUGCGUCAAGGAGAUCCAAGAAAUCCGUGACGCAGCGACCAAGGUCAAUGGAGACAUCAUUGUGUUAUGCCACGGUGGUCCUAUAGCCAAGCCAGAAGAUGCCAAGUUCGUGCUCGAGCGAUGUCGCGGUGUACAUGGUUUCUUUGGAGCAUCGAGUAUGGAACGUUUGCCCGUCGAGGAGGCCAUCACGAGCAUCACGAAGACCUUCAAGGGCAUCAGUAUACAGUCCUGA